AGAACUCGUAUCUGCUGGUCUAACAAGUGUUCCGAAUCUUGUCUCAUGUUUAUAACGAACAUUCUGCCAUGAUUGAUAGCUGACAGACCCAAUGAUGCGCGGUAAUGUUUAUGGAUAAUCCUUUUACUCCGCCAGACGAUGGCUGGACAUUCACCGUGGGAAAGCCCACAACGAUCGAGUGGAAUCCAACCACGAAAGGCAAAGUAACUCUGUGGCUGCGACACUCAGAUGGAGGCGCUGGGUGGACGAUCGCAAUCGCCGAGGAUAUCCCGAACUCAGGCAAAUACAAAUGGACACCAACGCCAGACCUCGAGCCAGACUCCGGUGAGGAUGGAACCACCUAUACCCUGUUAAUCGGCCCUGGUGGCGGCGACCCGGAUACCACCACGAACCAGAUAUUGAUCAUAGUUACUGGAUCCGGGAGCAGGUCGGCAACUACUACGAGCACAGAUACAGGUACUCCGACGUCUGCUUCCUCUAUCCGGCCUACAUUCUCCACUGCGGAAUCGACUGUGACCCUGACCGUGACUGGUGACAGUCGGUCUAUUUCUACUACACUCGCGACAGCCCCUACCAGUCUCCCGUCUUCGAGCCCCCCAGGUACGGGAAGGGGGAUUUCAUCGGGCGCCAAAAUUGGAAUUGGUAUUGGGGUCGGCGUGGGGGUACCGAUGGUUCUGUUACUAUUGGGAUUCAUGCUGUGGAAACGACGCCGGCCGCCCCCCCGACCCGCGACAAAGGCAAGGGAGGAUCGAGGCCAACCAUCGGCGGCGGAGCUAUCGAGUGAGGGUGCGGCAAAGCAAGGAGCUGAACUCUCUGCUCAGGAGCGCGUUGAGAUGUCUGCUGAGGAGCGUGUUGAGUUGGGUGAGGGAAGGUUAACAUACGAGUUGCCAGUAAACGAAAUUGCGGCUGCGGAGUUGGCAAACAAGGACGGAUCCAGUUAACCAUGUCCCAACGGAUACCUCGAUUGAUCGUCAUAGUUGUGCCAGUUAAGUUGGCUCUUAAGGGUUCCAAGUUGCUGGUUCCCACGCAAUUGCUCGCCACCUCGUCUCGAGAGGAGGCUUGAUUGUGCCUGGUUUGGUCACUUUAUCUGCAUCUGUGUUACAGCAGUUGAGUCUUGAGUUCCAAUGCUGUCUUCAUAGUAAUCAUUUGAAGGUACUCAAGCUUGAUCUCGAUCGGCUCUGUACUGAUAACCUUCAUAGUUGGCGAUUCUAAAGGGCAUCUCUCUUGGCUCACAAAUCAGUGGUUAUCUGCGGUGUUAGAACGGCGAUAUAAAGUUACAUUCAGACUUAUACAUGUACGAGACGUUGGAUUUCAGUAUUUAGUUAGAUGCGCUUAUUUUAUUUUACCGUUUCCACACACUUGAGCUCUUUCUACUGCAUC